UGAACUUGCUGUUGAAAUUAAUAAUAGCCCGCACUGGUUCACUCUUCCUUGACAAGUUUUGUUAUGCACUCACUCACUCCUAUUCCUAUACUCUCUUUCAUUCUAGAUUCCACAGCACAUCACUUCUUUCUACUUUUUUUCUUCUUCUGCGAAUUUACAUCUAAGUUUUUCUUCAUUUUCCCCAUAACAUUGUAAAUUAAAUCAUGGAAAUCGAUUCCCUAUCCAAACCGUUUCUUGGCGUCCGUUUCGUUCUAUUUGGAUUCGACCCAAUCCAUGAUCAUCAGGUUCGGUCGAAGCUAGUUCAUGGCGGUGGAGUUGAUGUUGGCCGGUACGGCCAAAAUUGCACUCACGUGAUUGUGGAUAGGAUUAUAUAUGACGAUCCUAUAUGUGUUGCCGCCCGAAAUGAUGGAAAACCACUCGUUACAUCAUUGUGGGUUGAUCAUAGUUACGAUGUUGGAAUGCCUGUUGAUGUUAAUUCAGUUAUGUAUAGACCACUUAGAGAUUUAAAUGGAAUUCCAGGUGCCAAAGGUUUAGUCGUGUGCCUUACUGGUUAUCAGCGACAAGAUCGAGAAGACAUAAUGACAAUGGUUGGCUUGAUGGGUGGAUUAUUUUCUAAACCACUGGUGGCAAACAAAGUUACACAUCUCAUCUGCUACAAAUUUGAGGGAGAGAAGUAUGAGCUGGCCAAGAAAAUUAAGAAGAUAAAGCUUGUUAAUCACCGUUGGUUGGAAGAUUGUUUAAGGGAGUGGGAUCUUCUUCCAGAAGCUAACUAUGACAAGAGUGGCUAUGAAUUGGAGAUGAUGAAAGCUGAAGCUAAAGAUUCUGAAGAAGAGACUGAAGAUGCCAUUUUGAAGCAAUUUGGGGGGGGGAACAUAAGUAAGAGUCCACAUAAUUCGAAAGUAGUAAUAUCAACUGCCCGCCAAUCACCAAAAUCAGCUAUGGAGGUGCCAAAAAUGCAGCUAAAUUCUACAGCACCUGCAGGUCCUUCAAAUGUGAAUGCUAUGGACAUAUUAUCGACUCCUGUCAAGGUGAGUGGAUCUCAUCAAUUACCAAGUCUUGAUAAUGUUAAUGCUCUUGAGGUGCGUGGUUCACAAGACACUGAUGCUUUUAGUGAUCAUCUGCUUGAAAGGACUCCAAAUUCUACAGGACUGAAAAAUGGCUUUGCAUCAACCUCUAAUGGAGCUGAAAGGCCUUCUUGUUCUGUGUCAAAAUAUUCUAUAAGUUACUCAAUGAAAACCCAACAGAUAUUCCCACCCUCAAUGUCCAUAUCAAAGGUAUCUAGUGGUAUAAGUGGAUCUCCUGAAGCAAACCUAGGUGGAUUCAAAGUCAAUGGGGUUCUUGUAGCGAGUUCCUGCAAAGUUGAACAAGAAGUGACCAGAACAGCUACAGGUUAUGUUAGAACUCCUCAGAGAGAAGGUGAAUCAUGUCAGGAGGCAGAGUCAAGUGGUUGCUUACCUCCAAAGAGCAUGACACAUAUGCCCAGUGCUAGUUCAAAGUCAGAAAUGGCAAGUGAUAAUUCAACAGUGGGCAACAGAAGUCCAGUAGUGAAUUAUUAUAGGACGAAAAUGUUGGAUCUGAAACCUCCAGCCUGUCAGUCACUUAAUAACCAUUUCUCCCUUCACAAUAAUUUUACAGGUGAUGCUGCUAAUUUGAAUUUUGUACUUAAUCCUCCUGAAAGUUCCUCUAUUUUUAAUGAGAAACUACUGACGCCUGAUCUGCCUCCCUCUGAAACUAUGGCCUUUGAGACUGGGCAAAAUGAAAAUGUUGAUAACGCCCCUAAAAUGUCUUCCAGAGGACUGAAAGAGUCCAUCUUGGCAAGCAAGCUUGAUACUGAAUCUCAGUCAGGCGAGCCGCAGAAUCAGCGGCAAAACAUUAAGGCUUUAUCACCCAGUGAUAGAGGUUUUGAGAUGGAGAAAUCACAUACACCUGUUGCCUCGGACUCAGUUCAAGGAGAAAAUGAUACGUUGAUUGCAGUGCCACUUAGGAAGAAGAUGGUUGCCAAAAAGACAUUGGGCUCUCGACAUGCUGCUAAUCAAAAGGGUUCCAUUUCCUCGAGUAAAAUUGCCUCCCUAAAUAAUUCUGCAGUUUUUUCAAAUGGAGAGGAGAGAACAGACCAGGAGAAGUUGACUAGGAUCAGUGAGACAUCCCCUCCAGCCAUAAAUGUUGAAGCUGUAAAAGAGCUGGAUACAAGUACUGUUACAGGAUGUGAGGAGGCGAUUAGUAAUAUGACUGAACCCAUGGAUGAUGAGACAGAGGCUCCUCAUGAGAAAGAUGAACUGGAGAAGCAACCAAACCAUGAGAAGUCUGAGGUGUUUGAAUUGAGACAAAAAGAAGAUUUAAUGAUGAGAGUAGAAUCUGGAGAUAGACAUGCAGCAAAUGGUUCCAAUAUUAGUUCACAUCACAUAAUGGCUGCAAAAGAAGAAUUGGGAAAAACAGUUUGCCGCAAGAAGUUUGACUUGGAUGAAUCAACCUCCAAAGCCAAGAUUAUGGAAGGGAAAAUGAAUACAAGGACAAAAAGGCCUGCUGGUAAGGCCAAGCCAAAGAGCGUACCUGCUGAUGCGGAGACUCUGGAAUCUAAGAGACGUGUGAAUAAGGAAGAUACUGUGACUGAAAAUAAAACAAAGGAGGAAGGUAUUGAAAUGCAUAAAAGUUUGAUGCGUUCUGGAAACAAAACUUGUGCCAGCACUGUGUUUGUCAUGGAUAACUCCAUGGAAGUGGAGAAGGAAAACAGGCGAGUUGUUGAAAAUCAAACUUCAAGUCCAAGUGUUGGUAAAUCAGUUCUUAAAUCUUUGGAGACACCAACAAAGAUUAAUAAUAAUUUUGAGAAGGUUAUGCUUAGUGCACUGCCAAUGCAAGAAGUUCAAAAAAGAUGGAAUUCUGAACCUGUAUGGUUUAUAUUGAGUGGACGCAGAUUGCAGAGAAAGGAGUUUCAACAAGUUAUAAGGCGUUUGAAAGGAAGAUGUUGCAGAGAUUCUCAUCAGUGGUCAUACCAGGCAACACACUUCAUAUCCCCUGAUCCAAGAAGAACAGAGAAGUUCUUUGCUGCUGCAGCAUCUGGAAGGUGGAUUCUUAAGACGGAUUAUUUAAGUGCUUGCAAUCAGGCAGGGAAGUUCUUGCCAGAGGAACCUUAUGAAUGGCACAAAAAUGGUCUUACUGAAGACGGUGCUAUUAACUUAGAGGCUCCAAGGAAGUGGCGGCUUUUGAGGGAGAGAACAGGUCAUGGUGCCUUCUAUGGAAUGCGCAUUAUUGUAUAUGGAGGAUGCAUUGCACCACCUUUGGAUACUCUAAAGCGUGUGGUGAAGGCUGGAGAUGGGAACAUAUUAGCAACUUCUCCUCCUUAUAAUAUCUUCCUCAAAACUGGAGUUGACUUUGCAGUUGUCAGUCCUGGCAUGCCACAUGUUGAUUUGUGGGUUCAAGAGUUCUUAAAACAUGAAAUACCCUGUGUUGUGUCUGAUUACUUAGUGGAGUUUGUGUGCAAGCCUGGCUACUCCCUUGAGCGGCAUGUGCUGUACAAUACUCACGCAUGGGCAGAGAAAUCUUUUACUAAAAUGCUUGGCAAGGCGGAAGAAAUAGUUGUGUACUUGGGUCCUCCAGAUAGUGGAGACGACAAUGAUAUAAGUUGCCAAGUUUGUGGUUGCAGUGAUAGAGGAGAAGUUAUGCUGAUCUGUGGUGAUGAAAGUGGUUCUGUUGGAUGCGGUGUUGGUACCCACAUUCAUUGUUGUGAGCCACCACUUGAAAAUGUUCCAGAGGAGGAUUGGUUUUGUCCCAAGUGUAGUAGAAGCAGGAAUAAUUUAUCUAAGAAAAGGAAAAAGGGGUCUUCAUCAAAGAGUAAGUGAAUUCAUCUCUUUUAGUUUUUGCACAUGUUAUCAUGUACAUUUUCGUAGUAACCAAGAAUGUAGAAUUUUCAAAUUAUAGGAUUUACUGGGUAGUUUCUGAAGUUGAUUUUGUAGUGUAUCAUGCUGGAAACAAAAGCCAUUAAUAUAAUAAUUAUGUUUCCCAAAUUUACGUUAAGUUAGAUGGGAUUAAGACAUUAUACUUAAUUCUAAUAGAAUUUCGCUGACAGAUUACACAAAUACAGUGCAUUUAUAAUGUUGAUCUUUGAUGGAUAGGGAUUAAGGAUGUUGUGCAUCCACCCUUACUUUUUGUUGAUGGGUAGGCCUUGUUUAUAUCUAAGAAAUACAAUUCUUGUAAAUGCUGAACGAGGGUAUGGUAAAAUAUGGGGUUUAGUAGAGGCCCAAAAAGUUGUAUCUUGAUCCAAUUAACAAUUGGUUCACUGAAUAUAUAUUAAGAGCAUAAAAGUUUAGGUA